ACAGUUGCAUGCCAAGAGAGAGAGAGAGAGAGGGAGAGAGACAUUGAAGAAGAAAAGGCAUCGCAGCAGCAGCUAUAAAUUGGAUGGUUCCUGAUUCACAAGUAUCAUCAUCAUUCAAUUCACAAGAAUAUCGAUCAGCCAUGAGUCGAGUAGGUGUCUUAGCCGUUGUCUUAUUAUUUUCAGGGUUAGCAGCCGUGAAUGCAUGUAAUAAUGCAAAGAACGUCGACAAUGCAACUUCUUGCACUGAAGUUGCCAAAGAUCUUGCCCCCUGCCUCACUUUCAUACAAGGUAAACAGAACAAGCCAUCUCAGAAGUGUUGCGACGGUGCUAAGCUGUUGAAUAACGCCGCCGAAACCCAACCAGAUCGACAAGAUAUAUGCGAGUGCAUUAAGACAGCUCUGUCGGCUGCUGGAAAUGUUAAUACAUCUCGCAUACCUCUCAUUGUCAAGGAUUGUAAGCUGUCCGUCAAACUCCCUCCUAUUGGCCCCAAAACCGACUGCUCCAAGGUAAGUUGGGAACUCAUCACCAUGGAGGGUGAUCUUAUUUAUUAAUUAUGCAGGGCGCCAAUAAAUAGGAGAUAUUAACACGUACACGUACGUUGACUCCUAUCAAGAGUUAAAUUGCUUGAGUUCAUAAAUCCCUGUGAUCUAUUGAUUAGUCAUAAUGCAAAAUAAUACAUACCCUGAUGGUAUUUAUC